AGUAACAAUUUCGUGAUUCUCAUCUACAUGACCCUAAUGUUCUUCCUCAUCCUGGGACUAGUUGAAUUCACCUCCUCGUUAUUAUGGUGAUUUGGUGACUGAGGAUGCCACCGGAAAAGAGCUUAGUGAAGCAGAACUACCUGCAAAACUGUCAAGCAGAGGUUGAGAUGGAAGUUGUUCCAAGAGAGGUUGAUAAUGCUUUGUCUGGUCCAAGGGCAAUGGAAUGGUCUGUUGUUCCACAUGCUCCUCAAGCACAUGAAAGGAAUGGAAACAAACGGACAUCUAGUCUGGAAUCACCAAUCAUGUUGCUGACUGGUCAUCAGAGUGCUGUAUACACCAUGAAGUUCAAUCCUGCUGGAACUGUUAAUUGCAACUGGGUCUCAUGACAAAGAAAUUUUCCUUUGGAAUGUGCAAGGGGACUGCAAAAACUUUGUGGUGCUAAAGGGACAUAAGAAUGCAGUAUUGGAUCUUCACUGGACUACCGAUGGGACCCAGAUAAUAUCAGCCAGCCCUGACAAAACCUUGAGAGCAUGGGAUGUGGAAACUGGUAAGCAAAUUAAGAAGAUGGCAGAACACUCGUCCUUUGUGAAUACAUGCUGUCCUUCACGCAGGGGACCACUGCUUGUUGUCAGUGGAUCUGAUGAUGGAACUGCCAAACUUUGGGACAUGCGUCAGAGGGGUGCGAUCCAAACAUUUCCAGAUAAAUAUCAAAUUACAGCUGUUAGUUUCUCUGAUGCAUCAGAUAAGAUUUUCACUGGUGGUAUUGACAAUGAUGUCAAGGUUUGGGACUUGCGUAAAGGUGAAGUAACGAUGACACUUCAAGGUCAUCAAGAUAUGAUAACUGGCAUGAGUCUAAGUCCUGAUGGUUCUUAUCUUCUUACCAACGGCAUGGACUGCAAAC